UUUUUUAAAUUUAAAUAAAAGCCUAAACUUGCUUGGCGACCCUAUCUUCUUCCUCCAUAAAAUAAAAUCUAUAACUAUCACCUCGCCCGCUGGGAUUUUCUAUUUUGUUUCUAUCUUUUCCGAUCCCAAACCUUUUACUUUUUUUUUAUCAGAAAAAGAAGAAAAGCCUCUCAUUUGAUCACCAUGACACUUCACUCAAAGUUUCAAGUGAAUUCAAUUAUCGGGAAAAAACAGUGAAAUCGAGUGGCAAAGUUGACUUAACGAAGUAUAUUAAGCAAUUCCCUGCUUUUUCUGUCUAUAAAGUUUGGAGCUUUACAUAUUAUUCCUGGAUGAAUACAUGGAAGAGUAAAAAUUAUGAAACUGACAAAAGUGCCAAGCCGUCUUAUUUUAACUUACCACCUUUGGAUGUUUCGGUUGCAUUCCCUCAAGCAACUCCGGCAUCUACUUUUCCUCCUUGUGCUUCUGAUUAUUAUCAAUUUGAUGAUUUAUUGAGUCUUGAGGAGCAGGCUAUCCGUAAGAAAGUAAGAGAGUGUAUGGAAAAGGAAGUAGCUCCUGUAAUGGCUGAGCUGAUUUGCAUUUUUCCUCUCAGUAUUGGGAGAAGGCAGAGUUUCCAUUCCAAGUUGUUCCAAAACUUGGUGCUCUUCAUAUUGCUGGUGGGUUAUGGAUGCCCGGGUCUCUCCCUCACUGGAAGUGCUAUUGCAAUUGCAGAGGUUGCUAGAGUUGAUGCAAGUAUCUCAACUUUUUUCUUAGUGCAUUCAUCUCUGGCCAUGCUUACAAUUGCAUUAUGCGGGUCAGAGGAACAGAAGCAGAAAUAUUUACCUUCUUUGGCACAGUUAAAAACCAUAGCUUGUUGGGCUUUGACUGAGCCUGACUAUGGAAGUGAUGCUAAUUCUCUGAAGACAAUUGCAACAAAGGUAGAGGGAGGUUGGAUACUUGAGGGACAAAAACGCUGGAUAGGAAACAGUACUUUUGCAGAUGUGUUGGUUAUUUUUUCCAGGAAUAGCACAACCAACCAGAUAAAUGGAUAUAUAGUUAAGAAGGAUUCCCCCGGAUUGACAGCUACAAAAAUGGCAAACAAGAUUGGAUUGCGAAUUGUUCAAAAUGGAGAUAUUCUCUUAAAGAAAGUCUUUGUUCCUGAUGAGGACAGGUUACCUGGUGUCAACUCUUUUCAAGAUACAAGCAAGGUACUGGCUGUUUCACGAGUAAUAGUUGCAUGGCAAUCUGUUGGUAUAUCGAUGGGUGUCUAUGAUAUGUGUCACAGGUAUCUGAAGGAGAGGAAACAGUUUGGAGCACCAUUGGCAGCCUUCCAAAUUAACCAGCAGAAACUUGCUCGCAUGUUGGGCAAUGUUCAAGCAAUGACCCUUGUUGGUUGGCGCCUUUGCAAAUUGUACGAAAAGGGUAAAAUGACUCCUGGUCAUGCUAGCUUGGGAAAGUCGUGGAUUAGCUUGAAGGCAAGAGAGACGGUCGCUCUUGGGCGGGAGUUACUUGGUGGCAACGGAAUUUUGGCUGAUUUUCUAGUUGCAAAGGCAUUCUGUGAUUUGGAACCUAUUUACACAUUUGAAGGCACAUAUGACAUCAACAGCUUGGUAACUGGUAGGGAAAUCACUGGUUUUGCCAGCUUCAAGCCAGCCCCAAUGAGCCAGCGAAGCCGCCUGUGAUAGCGUGAACUUUCUUCCUGGGCUGUGUGGGAGGUGGUUUCUUCAGUUUUGUAAAAACAAAGCUAAAACAAAGUCGAUGAACUUAUUUUAGAAGAAGUUAACAAGUUCUGUAUAACACGUUGCAUUAUUGUAAUAAAAGAAUAGCUUGCUUAUUACAAUUCUUGGAUACCGAUGCUCGUAAGUAACAAGCAUCCCUAGGCACUGAACCAUAAUUAAUUAGCUAGGCACGGAAAUGCACAUACAAAGAAGGGUAAAUCAAAGGGUAGACAUCAAGUCAUCAACACGGCCGGUGAGGACCUUAGCCCUGUCCUAGACUAAUUCCUGACCUGAUCGAUAGCCGUUAAGACUUUGAAGUUGUCAAAAAAUCCCCUGAACAAAUACAAAAGAUAUCAUAUAUUAUCAACCAUGUCUGUUCCUACCUAUAAUCUC